GUUUCCUUCUGGUCGGCCAAAAGGGCAUAUAAGGAAGUCCCGUCCGGGCCUCAACCAUUAUCGUCGCCGACUUCAGCAAACGGUGUUGGAAGGAAGAGCUGUAAAUAAGUACUGUGGCCCGGCGAGGAAGGGCGGCUAAGCGGGACAAGACGGGUCGGAUACGUCAUUAGGAGAAACGAAUAGGCUGCGCAACAAAAAUUUUGAUCGUGACCGACUGACUUGUUUCCCUCGGGACUAUUACAUAAACUGAUGCAGUUCUCCCCUGGAUAUGGAUCACAUCCUCAAAACUAUAAAGCUCCCUCAGGAAACUUCUCACAAGUGCCCAGUAAAGCGAUUCCUUCACAGCUGGAAAACUAUUAUGGUGCAGAUUAUUAUUCUCCCCAAUGUUCUGUACCAGCACAAAAUGCUAAUGUCUCUUCUGUGACACCGAAGAUGUUAAAUUCACAGGGAUCACAACACUUGUACAAUAGAGCACCUCAUAAUGCAGAACCACCAGGACCUUUCCAAGGAACAGUACCUCCUGCAUCCCAGUUGCAUACCAGCAUUUCACAGUCAUAUUCUUCAUUUACUGGUCCCUACAACAAUUCCGUCUUGCAUUCUGCCAGCUCUUCUGUUCCAUCUCAGGGAUUUGUUGCUUCCUCUAGUCAUUAUUCCAUGCCUCCUGUGUCUAGUGCUGCAUAUCCUAAUAUUGUAUAUCCUCCAAUGUCCACUGACAAUCCAUAUGGGCAGAUGCCUAGUAUCCAGCCUGUGAUGGCACAUGGCCAUUUGAAUGCAGCAGGUGCUUAUUCUAAUCAAACUAGAGCCCCACCUAUAGGACCACCCAGAGUUCCUUUGGGCUACACGUCUGCAUCAUGGAGUGCUCCAGAGCUCCAGUUGGCUCAGGGGAAUCAUGGCAGCUUUACAGGAUCUCUUCCUGAAGCGAACAACACAAUGAUUACAGGGUCACCACAUUAUGUAAAUCAGAAUAUCCAGUCAGUAAAACCUAAUCAAGGAGUGGCUUCAGCUGCAACUUCUUCAGUUAAAACAUCUAUUGUAGAGAAGACAGGAAAGCCCAUCACUUCAUCUUGUCUUACACAGUCAUCAGAUUCUUUUCUUCAUGAAGGCAUGCAGUAUGGUGGAUAUAUUAAUAAUCAAGCUAGCUCUUCAGCAACUCCCUUGUCAUCAAGUUCAGAUGAUGAGGAAGAGGAGGAUGAGGAUGAGGAAGCAGCUAUUGACAGCUCUUCCACUACUAGCAGCGCAUCUCCUGUUCUCAACAAUUAUGACACUCUUGAAGGUGAUGGCUAUCCAGAAACAUGUUCUGCGGCAAAUAGCCCACCUCCUAUUUCCUCUGUUCCUCAGAUGUCUAAAGUCUCCAAGUCAUUCGGUUGUGGGUAUCCGCCUCUUCAGCCAGGAUACCAGAACGUGACACCAUCUUUGCCAUCUCCUGCCAUGCAACCAAGUAGCUCUGGAUAUAAUUCUGGAUUUUCGCAGUAUCCACAGGUAUAUCCUACCAUGAAUCAACUAUCAGCUAGUUUGGGAGGACUUGGGAUACAGCAGCCAGAAAGUCUGAGACCAUUGAAUCUUAUUCAAGAAAGAAAUAUUCUACCUAUUGCUCCAGUUUCACCUCCUUUGCCUAAUCUGAACUCUGAUCUGAAAAAAUUGAACUGCAGCCCAGACUCGUUUCGAUGCACUUUGACAAAUAUUCCUCAGACUCAGGCACUUUUAAACAAAGCAAAACUUCCCUUGGGGUUGCUACUACAUCCUUUCAGAGAUCUAACGCAAUUGCCUGUGAUAACAUCAAGCACCAUUGUGAGGUGUAGAUCAUGCAGAACCUACAUCAAUCCUUUUGUGUCUUUUAUUGACCAAAGGAGAUGGAAAUGUAAUCUAUGCUACAGAGUUAAUGAUGUUCCUGAAGAAUUUAUGUACAAUCCUCUAACAAGAUCUUAUGGAGAGCCUCAUAAGCGUCCAGAGGUCCAAAAUUCUACCGUGGAGUUCAUUGCUUCUUCAGACUACAUGCUUCGUCCUCCUCAACCUGCAGUAUAUUUAUUUGUGUUUGAUGUGUCCCAUAAUGCAAUAGAAGCUGGAUACUUAGAAGUUGUGUGUCAGUCUUUGCUGGAAAACUUAGACAAGUUGCCUGGAGAUACACGGACAAAAAUUGGCUUCAUAACAUUUGAUAGCACUGUUCAGUUCUACAAUUUGCAGGAAGGAUUAUCACAGCCUCAGAUGCUCAUUGUUUCAGAAAUUGAUGAUGUUUUCCUGCCUAUGCCUGAUAGUUUGCUUGUCAACCUGCAUGAAAGUAAAGAGCUAAUUAAAGACUUACUGAAUGCGCUACCAAAUAUGUUUACCUACACAAGAGAAACACACAGUGCAUUAGGCCCAGCUCUUCAAGCUGCCUUUAAACUGAUGUCUCCAACUGGUGGGCGGGUAUCUGUGUUUCAGACACAGUUACCUUCUGUGGGCACAGGAUACCUACACUCCCGGGAAGAUCCUAAUCAAAGAUCAAGCACCAAGGUUGUUCAACAUCUUGGACCUGCAACAGAUUUUUAUAAAAAGUUGGCACUUGAUUGUUCAGGACAGCAGACAGCUGUGGAUUUGUUCCUCUUAAGUUCACAGUAUUCUGAUUUGGCUUCUCUCGCUUGCAUGUCCAAAUAUUCUGCUGGAUGUGUCUAUUACUACCCAUCUUUCCAUCAUAUCCACAACCCUGUUCAAACAGAAAAACUGCAAAAAGAUCUUAAAAGAUACUUUACACGAAAGAUUGGAUUUGAAGCUGUAAUGAGAAUAAGAUGUACAAAAGGGCUUUCCAUUCAUACUUUUCAUGGUAACUUUUUUGUGCGGUCUACUGAUUUGUUGUCACUUGCAAACGUAAAUCCUGAUGCUGGAUUUGCAGUGCAGAUGUCCAUUGAAGAAAAUCUCACAGAUACAUCUCUAGUUUGUUUUCAAACAGCACUUUUGUAUACUUCCAGCAAAGGUGAACGGAGAAUUAGGGUGCAUACACUUUGUUUGCCUGUAGUGACGUCCUUGAUGGAUGUUUAUGCUGGAGCAGAUGUACAAGCAGUUAUAUGCCUCCUAGCUAAUAUGGCUGUGGAUCGAUCUGUUUCAUCAAGUUUGUCAGAUGCUAGAGAUGCUUUAGCCAAUGCGGUCGUAGAUUCGCUGUCUGCAUACAUGUCAACAGCAUCAAACCUCCAACAAUCUUCUUUGAUUGCUCCAUAUUCUCUGAGGCUGUUCCCUCUGUAUGUUUUGGCUCUUUUUAAACAGAAAGCUUUUAGAACGGGCACAAGUACACGUCUGGAUGAUCGCAUAUAUGCUAUGUGCCAAAUAAAAAGUCAGCCUCUGGUUCAUUUGAUGAAGAUAAUCUACCCCAGUUUAUAUAGGAUAGACAAGCUUACUGAUGAGGGUGCAAUACAUGUCAAUGACAGAGUUGUACCCCAGCCCCCUCUUCAGCGAUUGUCUGCUGAGAAGUUGACAAGAGAAGGAGCUUAUCUUAUGGAUUGUGGCUUGAUCCUCUACAUUUGGCUUGGAAGAAGUUGUGAUAAUAACUUCAUUAAAGAUGUGCUUGGAUAUCCAAAUUAUUUGUCAGUACCUCAAAAACUGACACAGCUUCCAGAAUUAGAUAAUAUUUCUUCAGAGCGAACCAGGUCCUUUAUAACUUGGCUGAAGGAUAAUAAAUCUUUAAACCCAGUACUUCAAGUAAUUAAGGAUGAAAGCCCAGCGAAGACAGACUUUCUUCAGCAAUUAAUUGAAGACAAGACAGAGGCUGCAUUUUCUUACUAUGAAUUUUUGCUUCACAUUCAACAACAAAUUUGUAAGUGAGAGGAAACAAACAGAAGGGGGAAUAAAUCCCUGUAUGGACUUUUUAUCCAAAUGUCACCUGUCAGCGAAGCACACUGGAAGUGAUUAAAACCAAGCAUAGAUUCCUUAGUAUCCAUAUACAAAGACUUUCAGUUGUGAAAGGACAAACUACACAUUGCCAGAUGAAUUUUACAAUUCUGCUUUGUUAUAAAAACGAUGGACAUGACACAAUAGUAGUAGUAUGUUUUCAGUUGGUUUUAUAUGCAUUUCCAGUAGUGCAACACUAUGGCAUUUCUUCUUAUUUCAAGCUGGUGGUCAUAUGUGGCAGUGUGGAAUAGUAUUUAUUAAUGAAAUUUAAAACCGGAGAGUCUCUUUCUCAGCAUCUCAACAUUUAACAGCCUUUCCAGAUGAUCUCCAGCAGAGAUGCCAAAAGGCAGAGCUCCAUGUUGUUUAUAUCAAUUUGUAAAAGAGAUAAUUCACUUUUGAAAGCUUAACCAUUUUCUCUGUGAAGAAUAUAUACAAUUUUAAUACAACUUACAAAAUUGUAGAAAUAUGUAUAAUGUACAGAAGUGUUAACAUUUGUAAAAAAAAAAUGUUUUUUAAGGAGUAUGAAUUGCUUGAUGGCUGUGGUGCUGGUAGGUCAGUUACAAACCACUUAUCUCGGUUAAACAAUAAGUUGGCUAGCGCAUAUUAAAACAGAUCCAAAUCCACAUAGGAAAAUGCAACUUUGUAACUCAUUUAAUUGGUCCUUUUAUGUGGAUUUAUUUAUGAUCAGCUAAUUAAAAGUAUUUGCUUGA